AUUAAAAGAGUUCGUGCGUCUUUGAUGUGAGCCGCUGCUGCGGCCUGCCGACAACAGCCGAGCGAUCCUCGGACCUGCCAACUUCGUCAUUUCCCGAGUCGGUCGAUCAGGGUCGUGGUAGCAUCGAGCUGCGGUGCACUUUGUUCUGCCAACUCCGCUUAAUGAACAGUGAAUGCAUAACACAGUUCCUUCACCAGAAGAACGGGAACGAGAUUCGACUCCUAAUAUGGCAACAACAGAGAUGGCAGAGAACGACGUUGAUAACGAGCUUCUAGACUAUGAGGAGGACGAUGAGCCCCAGGGAGCCCUCGAGAGCGGGACCCCGGCCAACAAGAAGGAGGUGAAGGGCUCCUACGUCUCCAUCCACAGCUCCGGCUUCCGGGACUUCCUCCUGAAGCCAGAGCUGCUGCGUGCCAUCGUGGACUGUGGCUUUGAGCAUCCCUCAGAAGUCCAACAUGAGUGUAUUCCUCAAGCGAUCCUGGGCAUGGACAUCCUGUGUCAGGCCAAGUCUGGCAUGGGAAAGACUGCAGUGUUUGUUCUGGCCACCCUGCAGCAGAUUGAGCCUGUGGAUGGUCAGGUGUCUGUCCUUGUGAUGUGCCACACGCGGGAGUUGGCCUUCCAGAUCAGCAAAGAGUACGAGCGCUUCUCCAAGUACAUGCCCACUGUGAAGGUGUCGGUGUUCUUCGGCGGCCUGGCCAUCAAGAAGGACGAGGACGUCCUGAAGAAGAACUGCCCUCACAUUGUCGUGGGCACUCCAGGGCGUACCCUGGCCCUCAUUCGCGGCAAGAGCCUCAGUGUGAAGAACAUCAAACACUUUGUGCUCGACGAGUGUGAUAAGAUGCUGGAGCAGCUGGACAUGAGGCAUGACGUCCAGGAAAUCUUCAGGCUGACACCCCACGAGAAGCAGGUCAUGAUGUUCAGUGCAACACUAAGCAAGGAGGUCCGCCCCGUUUGCCGCAAGUUCAUGCAGGAUCCGAUGGAAGUUUUCGUGGAUGAUGAGACCAAGCUGACACUGCACGGCUUACAGCAGUAUUACUGCAAGUUGAAGGACAGUGAAAAGAACCGAAAGCUGUUUGACCUGCUCGAUGUGCUCGAGUUCAACCAGGUGGUGAUCUUUGUAAAGUCAGUGCAUCGCUGUGUGGCUCUGUCUCAGCUGCUGGUGGAGCAGAACUUCCCUGCUAUCGCCAUCCACAGGGGCAUGGCGCAGGAGGAGAGGUUAUCCCGGUAUCAGCAGUUUAAAGACUUCCAGCGGCGCAUCUUGGUCGCAACCAACCUGUUUGGCAGAGGCAUGGACAUUGAGCGAGUCAACAUCGUCUUCAACUACGACAUGCCAGAGGAUUCUGACACGUACCUUCACAGAGUGGCUCGUGCCGGCAGGUUUGGGACCAAAGGUCUGGCUGUCACCUUUGUGUCAGAUGAGACGGAUGCGAAGACUUUGAAUGAGGUCCAGGACCGCUUUGAGGUCAAUGUUGCAGAGCUACCAGAGGAGAUUGAUAUUUCUUCCUACAUUGAACAGUCCAGAUGAAUCUGAAGUGUCUUUCCAGUGAUUUUUUUUGUUUGACCCUUGGUGUUGCUGUGUUUUGAUGGAUACAAAAAAAGCUCAACAUUUUAAUUUCAAGUCCCCCUCCUUCAACAUUUGUUUGCAAGUUCAUUAUGAUAAAACCUUCCUUUUUAUUUUGUCUUUGCGGGGUGCUUGUUUUAGUAUUUUUCUUGUUAAAACCAUGGAUAUAUUGUUUUGGUUAAAGAAAUAAACUUUUUAUACCUCA